UGUGCUUAUAGAUGAAAAGGCAUAACAAGUUGCGUCUGUUUGUAUUUUAUUUGUUCGGCAGAAUUUACGCGUUUUCACCUUGUAGCCUAUACUGCCUGCGCACCAAUUUAAGAAGCCGGAACACUCUGUUUCUUAGCAAUGGAAGGGAGGUGUCUGUUCGGUCCGGCGAUAACAGCAUACUAACGUUGAUUCUUUCACAUUUAGCUGGAGUGCAUAGGACAAGUCAACAGAAAGCCAGACGGGUGAUUGAUAAACAUUUAUUUGUUGAUAACCGCUUUCCGUAGGGGAUGCACUAUAAAUUGUCUUGUUGGAAUAACUGAUUGUUUGUAGACUCUGCGCGCGGAAUUUCUACCAUAGCCCUAGGCUGCAACAGGGCUGCAGAACAGCGGAUUUCCCCUACAGGAACUCCUGUAUCUUCCAUACUUUUCACUACAAGCGGGUUUGACAGAAAACCGCCAACAUUCCGUGCUGCAAGGGUAACACCGCCAUGUCUUCCAAUGGGGACCUGAGGGAUGCGGGCAGCUGCGAGAGUUUCUGGGAGCCAGGGAACUACAAGAGGACUGUGAAGCGCAUCGAUGAUGGCUACAAGCUCUGCAACGAGCUGGUCAGCUGCUUCCAGGAGCGAGCCAAGAUUGAGAAGAGCUAUUCUCAGCAGCUCACCGAGUGGGCUAAGAAAUGGAGGGGUGUAGUGGAGAAAGGUCCACAGUAUGGCACGCUGGAGAAAGCCUGGCAUGCCUUCAUGAAUGCAGCCGACCGGCUGAGCGAGAUCCACCUGGAGCUGAAGGAGCACCUGGCUGUGGAGGACAGCGAGAAGGUGAAGAACUGGCAGAAGGACGCCUUCCACAAGCAGAUGAUGGGCGGGCUGAAGGAGACCAAGGAGGCCGAGGAUGGGUUCCGCAAAGCGCAGAAACCCUGGGUCAGGAAGCUGAAGGAUGUGGAAUCAACCAAGAAGAGCUACCAUCAGGCACGUAAGGAGGAAAAGACUGCUGUUACCAGGGAGACCCUCGCUAAGGCUGACCCAUCCAAGUCCCAGGAGGAGGUGCAGAAGCUGCAGGAUCGAGUGGAGAAGUGCAACCAGGAAGCAGAGAAGGCAAAGGAGCGCUACGAGAAGGCCCUUGAAGAGCUGAACCGCUGUAACCCGCGUUACAUGGAGGACAUGGAGCAGGUGUUCGAGAUCACUCAGGAGGCUGAGAAGAAGCGGCUGUGCUUCUUUAAGGAGGUCAUGAUGGACCUUCAUAAGCACCUGGACCUCUCCAGCAAUGACAGUUUCCGAGUGCUGUUUAGAGACCUGAACCAGACCAUAGCCGCAGCGAAUGACACUGAAGACCUGAGGUGGUGGAGGAACACGCAUGGGCCAGGCAUGAAUAUGAAUUGGCCGCAGUUUGAGGAAUGGUCCCCGGAAGCUAACCGCGCCAUCUCUCGCAAAGAGAAGAACAGCCGCUCAGACGAUGUGGUGACUCUGACCAACAUCGUCUCAGCAGGAGAGGAGCUUCCACAGACCCCCCAGGAGACCAUCAGGUCGCAUAGGGACAGUGCCCAGUACGAGAACAUUAGCUACCUGUCCAGCGAAAAAGAUGGCAAAGACUACUCCUCGGACUGGUCAGACGAAGAGAGCCCAAAAAAAUUUAUCGGAACAAACGGGGUGGAUGAGGACGAGAAGGUAGCAGGAGUGCGAGUAAAAGCAUUGUAUGAUUACACGGGGCAAGAAGCCGAUGAGCUGAGCUUUAAAGCAGGAGAAGAGCUAAUGAAGUUGGGUGAAGAGGAUGAGCAGGGCUGGUGUAAAGGGCAGCUGGGUAAUGGACAGGUUGGACUCUACCCCGCUAAUUAUGUCCAGGCCAUUGGGUCCUGAUGACCCCACCUUCAUCCCCCCACGCCCACCGCCGAACAACCGGGUCUGUAGCCAGCAGCGCUGAAGCUAUGCCAAGUGACCGUGCCAUCAGUCCUGCCAACCUUGACACUGUGUACCCAUGUUGAAGAAUGGAAGGUCCCAAAACUCUGCAGAAGUAUAACGAACACAAAAUGCACAAUAAGACCUGGAAGGUGGAUGAGUGACACGAGUGAAGGGGCGAGGGUUGAUUCUGUCUUUGGGCGACACAUUACCUAUACAGUGCCUUUAGGAGGAUAUGAGUAACACUGGCACAGUGCCCCCAACCAACUCUUUCAGAUGGAGGUGGGUGAGGUGAAUGCUAUAGCACCAGUCUGUAGACUACCAGGAUCAUCUCCUAUGACAAACAAAACCCUCCUUUUCCUCAAAACCUGACCACUCAGCCCUUAGUACCAGUGAAAUAGCUAGGAUCUAGUCGCUCAUUCACUCAAAGGAAUAUUUAUUUACGAAUCAAAUUGCUCAAUUGAAAAUACACAACUUCUACUUUAAUUAUUUCUUUCAUCUCUCAUUUACUUGUACCCAGAAGUAUGUGUGUUUCUGUAUAUAUUUUUACAAAAGGGUGUUUUUUUUUUGGCUAACAUGUUUAGUAAUGAGUAUACUUAUUUCAGUGAGAAACUUGCCAAUGCAUGUAGAUGCUGGUGAGAGAAGUUAUUUGAAAUGGUAGAUUUAAAUGAGCUGAAGUAGGCUAAUGCUGCACCCAAUUUCCUCAGCGGGAUAAAAAUAAAAACUGAGUUUGUUGAUAUUAUGAAAAAUGUGAGGAUGUUGUAAUCACACUGGGCAGAAACUCUGGUUACCUAUGUUACCGAUUUGUGUGGGGAAGGAGUUAAAUGGGUGGCUGUUGAGGAAUAUUUUAUCCAGUUAGGCUGUCUAACAUUUUACUUCCUUUAUUUUUUUUUAAUAAACCACAGUUCACUCAGUUACAUAUUUGCUAAAAUUACUAAAAUCUGGAGGAGGAAGGGUUUGAUUUGUUAGAAUCUGUUAAGCUGAAUCUGUGAAAGGAGAGGGGUUUUUAGACAUGCAUAAAAUGGAAAAUGUGUAGGGUUAUUGUCUUACCACAAAACCAUAUCUCUACUUCAUUUCACUGUAAAUGCCAGUAUACAGAACUACUGUAACCUCCGAGCUAAUCAUUGUGAAAACAAAAAUAAAACUAUUUGGAUGAUUCAAUUGAGA